UUCUGUGGUUUCUAUUCUAUGGUGAAGUUGAUCCAAGUUGAUCGCAAAAAGAGUUCGCCGAUUUAUUUCUUUCUCCCUCGUAAAUCGACAAUAGGCCGAUUGACAACAAAACGACUAUCCUGGGGGCAUUAUUUUUCGUAAAUGAUAAAUGCUUCCUAAAUAAUUGUUGUGAACCGAGAGCCUGUAUUCGUGAUUAAUACAGUGGAGGACAAAAUAUGAAGAGGCGAAAUGCCGAAUCUGGCAAGAUGCGGCGCCCAAUAAAGCGCACAAAAAUCGCCGAAGGAAUGUAUGGAAAUUCUCUGUUGUACCUGAAGUUCGUGCUGCUGUGGGUGGUGGUGGUGAUGGCGGACUACAUGCUGGAGUUCAGGUUCGAGUUCCUGUGGCCGUUCUGGAUGAUGUUGAGGUCCAUCUACGACUCGUUUAAAUAUCAUGGCGUUGCGUUCUCAGUUUUCUUCAUAUUUAUAGCGUUAACGUCGGACCUCAUAUGUUAUUUCUUCAUACCACUACAGUACAUAUUCUUCGCGGCAAGUACCUAUGUAUGGGUACAAUAUGUGUGGUACACAUUCGCGGACAAGGGCGUGUGCCUGCCGACGGUGGCGCUGUGCUGCCUGGUGGUGUACACGGAGGGCGCCGUGAGAGCUCGCGCCGGCCCCUUCGAGCUGUGGCGCCCGCUGGCGGCGCACUGCCUCGGCUACCCGGCGCUGUCGCUGGGCUUCGGCGUCAAGGCGUACGUGGGCCAGCGGCUGCGGCUGCGGCGGCAGCGGCAAGUGCGCGCUGAGAACGAGUUCUACUUCCAGCUGCUGCGCGACGCGCUGCCCGAGUCCGCGCUAGAGCAGAACGGGCCCAGCAGUAAAGAAGAAUGUAAAACGACAGAGAAUGGCGGCGAGCAGUACAGCCCCGCGUCGAGCGAGACGCGGCACAUGAACGGCUCGGUGCGGCGCCGGUGCGCGCGCGACCACAACGGCGUGUGCGUGGCCGACCACCCCAUACAUGUUAAGUUAGAGAAGUUGGAGAAGCACUUGGCGCAGCAGACGGCAGCCCGCGACAAGUCGCAGGCCGACAAGUCGCAGGUCGACAAGUCGCAGGCCGACAAGUCGCAUGCCGACAAGUCGCACAACCCGCCGACGAGCUCGCUGGCGAGCUCGCACGCGAGCGCGGCGCACGCACACACGAACGGCGCGGCCGGCGGGCCCGGCGCACCCGUGGACGACGACAGACACGAACACAGUAAAAGUAGUGCGAAAGCUGCAAAAUGUGAAAAGAAGGAGGCUAGUACAGUAAGAGAAGAGAAGAGAAAAAACAAGAAUAGAGAUAAAGAUAAGGAUAAAGAGUUCAACGAUAGUCAUAAGAUCACAGAACAAACAAAAGAAAUAUUAGUUAAAGAGAAAGAUGCAGAAAGUACAAAAGAACCCGUCAAAAUUAAUAAAGAAAAUAAUAAUAGUCAUAAAGACAAAGACAAAGAGAAGGAGAAAGAGAAAAGAGACGAAAAGGAGAGGGAAGCAAGAGAACGGGAGCAAAGAGAAAGAGAAUUGCGCUCGUCGCGGGAGCUAAGCGAGGAGCUGAGGCGAGUGCGCGCCGAGCUGUGCACGGCGCGGAGCGGCGAGGCGGAAGCGAGGCGAGCUCUGGCCGCCGCCGCCGCAGCGGAGCGCGCGCGCCGGGCCGACCACCUGCAGCUUCGGCAGGCGCACGCGCAGCUACAGAACAAAGUGUCGACGUGGCGCAGCGGCGAGCGAGCGGCGCUGGAGCGGCGGCUGAGCGAGGAGCGGCGCGCGCGCACCAACGCCGAGCACCAGCUGCUGCGCGCCAGACACGCCAACAGGACGCCCAACGGCGAGUGUGAGAACGAGUGGUGCAAGGGGCGGCGCGGCGCGCAGGAGGCGGACGCGGCGGCGCUGCGCCGGGAGCUGCAGAAGACGCGCGAGCGAGCGGUGCAGCUGCAGAAGGAGCUGCUGCAGUCCGCAGAACAGGUGCGGUCGCUGGAGGACGCGGCGGCAGCGGGCGCGGCGGCGGCGGCGGGCGGGCGCCUGGCCGACGCGUGCGCGGCGCUGCAGGAGCGCGCGGCGCACCUCGAGCGCUCGCUGUCGGCCGAGACGCGCGUCAAGCUCGACCUGCUGUCGGCGCUGGGCGAGGCCAAGCGCCACCUCGUCAUACAGGAGGGUUUAAUAUCAAGGCAAGAAAAAGAAAUAGAGGAACUAAAAGCUCAAAUGUUGGCCGUCAUGCCGACGGAGUUUGUCUCCCCGGGCGGCGGCUCGGUGUCCAAACUGCGUCUGUCGGACGGCUCGCCGCUCGACCCCAACGCGUCCGUCUACACGCCUAAACAACUGUGCUCAGACGCCUGAGCGCUCAGCCCCGAGCGCCGCUGAGCAUUCGCGAACCGAACUGAGCAUCUGACGUAUUUAGGCUAAGAGGUGAUGGGCGAUUAAUGCAAAGUGCUGUAAUUGCUUGAAAUGUGUAUGUUGUCAAUAAGUAUAUCGCUGCAAACCAAAUAUUGAUCAACAUAGAGCAGGCUUGAUUCCGCGACCAUUCUGAUUUUGGUUUUGAAUUCAUCUUAAAGUGAUCACAUUCAUACUUGGUGUGCUAUAAAUUGUUUUAUUAUUAACCAAGUGCAACUAAAUAUUGUUCUAAAUAUUUCUGCAGUAAUUAAUUUAUAUUGUGAUAUUAAAUUUGGAAAUUGUUUCACGAGUAAGUGCAACAAUGCAUUUUUGUACUAAGUUACUUACAUAUUGUCUCUUUAUUACAACAAUACAUUCUUGUGUGCAUUACUAGAUUAAUUCGUAUAAAAUGAUCUUAGAUAUAUGAAUAGAAGAUGCCGCGCGUUUCGUAGGAAUACGGGUAUAAUAUAGCCCAUAUCCUCAAUAAAGGCUAUCUAACAUUGAAAGAAUUUGUCAAAUCAGACCGGUAGUUCCUGAGAUUAGCGCGUUCAAGCAAAUAAACAAACUCUUCAGCUAUAUAACAUUAGUAUAGAUAAUAACAGUGAUGCGAACUCAUUGUCAUCUACUGUAAGUUGCUGUCAUCUAGCUUGCAUUUACCCGAAUGUUACACAAAUACAUACGAGUACAAGCACUUUAAACAAAUCGUCCGUCACCUCUUGGCCUAUCCGCCACAACAAAACCGCCUUCCAUACCGAUCUUUGUAUGCGUAUCGCUGAUCUCAAUCGUUUAAUUUUUUUUUUGUUCUCUAUUCGAACUAAAUGUUUAGGAAUAACUGAUAACUUUAUUUUUGUUACUUAAGUUACUGUUAAGGCAGUGUUUUAUUUGUUUCAGACAGUAUUCAAAUGUAUAGUACUGAACCAUAAACUGGGAAAACUAUUUUUAUAUUUAGGUCCGUGUUAAAAAAAAAUAUAAAAGAUAAUUCUAGAGAGUUACAGUCAAACUAAGUGAUAUCGGUAUUUUUUUACAUGCUUUAUGUAACUAUGUAUGUAAGAAAAUCUUGGAAUCUUAAUUUUACCCAUUUCCCGGUCUUCGAUUAGGAUGAAUUUUUGCACACGCUUUGAGUUCUGAGUGCCUAGUGGGAGUUUUCUAUAUUUUCAUACUGUUACUAUCGCGUUAACGUUAACAUAAAUUUAUAUGGAAUUAAAAGAGUUGUGCAGUAGUGCCACUAGAUGGCGCUGUUUCAAUUCCUUACAAAUUUGCGUUUACGUUAACGCGAUAGUAACAGUAUCAAACUGCCACUAGGCCCUCUGAUGACAAUACAUGACUAGCUAAGAAAUGUCAUUACAAAUCCAAUAUGGCGGCCUCCCCAAGAUGGCGGACUGGCUGAUUGAAAUCCACCCCCAUUAUAUGGACAUCAAAUUAAAGGGUUUGCUGUCAGGAAUACGAAAAAAAUAGUCACGUGACUUAAAUGCAAUAUUUGUAAUUUUAGUGCUAAAAGCAUGUUUUUCAGUUUUUUAAACUAUUCAAAGUUUUGGUUUAGUUGUGUACAGGUAUUAUUACAUGUGAUACUAAAUGCUGCAGAAUCAAUUAUCACGAUCCCGAUUAGGAACAGCGUGGUGGGCAUAGGUCCCUCUUGUUGGAUAAAGAAGUCAUGUAUAAAAUAGGCUAUAUCGCUAUAAAUAAUGAUAAUGUAAACUUUUACAUUUACACUCAAAAAAAUUAUUGAGUAUUAAGUCAUAAAUACUUUGUCUAAAGCAGUUUAAAAAGUAAAACCAAAAAUCUAAGCAAACAAUUUCAUUGUAUCUUGGAUUUAUAGUAUAACUUUUAAGUACUGUCUGAAAAAAAAAUCGUCUGUUAAACGCCCAUACAAAUAUCGGUACGACUGGAGACCUGAAUACGUGUGUUAGUUUUGUAAACUGUACGUACUAUAGAAGAUAUCUGUGCCCUCACUACGAGAGCUACACGUGGUAUACCAAAACACAUAGUAAAUUGAACCUUAUGUUGAUUGUCUUAAAGUUCAUAUUUGCCUGUCCAACUAUCGCCGCUAGAAAACUGUAGCACUGAAUUUACGACUCUAAAAUAAACAGCAUAAGUUGCAUUUUACUAUGUUAUUUGGAUAUGCAUUUUACCUUAUGUUGGUUGUCUUAAAGCUCAUAUUUGCCUGUCCAACUAUUGCCUGUAAAACUGUGGCACCGAAUUUAAACUCUGAAACAAACAAUAUAAGUUCUAUUUUACUAUGGUCUUUAGUUAUUCAUAAAUUGUAGAGUUUUUCGUACUGAGGGCGUGGACCGUUUAUUUUUUCAUCAUUGAAAUAUUUGGAUUAGAAAACUUGUGUACCUUUAGAGCCUUGACACACUAUGAUAUAAUUGGGCCCACUCUUCAGAACGAUACAGAAAUGAAAAAUGUACUAAAUUUCUUGUAUUUUUUACUAAAUUACUCCAUUUGAAUUUUAGAGGAAAUUAUAUUGGCCAACAGGGAAAAUAACAUGAUUUCAUUAUUUUUAUAAUAGUGCGUAUUUCACUGAUUGACAUGGGUUGCCAGCUGUCUUUGUAAACGCGCACUGUCUUUGAAUAUCAAUGUCAUCGGUUACGUUUGACGUUGUAAGUUAAUUCUAUGUAUUACCUUUGUCAAACUGACAGUUUUCCUAGAGAUUUUGACAAAAUGUGUCAAAUUAAUGUCAAAUCCCUAGAAAAACUGUCAGUUGGACAUAGAUAAUGCAAUGAAUUUAAUGUCAAACGGAUCCAAUCAAGUUGUGCAAAUGCACCUUUAACAAGCAAUUUAGCUGAUUUAUUGACUGAAAAUUGGAAUUAAAAUCUCCUUAUAUCGUAUAAAUAUUUUUAACUUGAGUUUGUAUGGAGAAUGGGUUUCUCCUUUGAUUUGGUUUCCAUCAUUUAGCUUAUAUUCUAACUGCAGAUUGUAACACUAAAAGGAAAUUAAGGCUGAAACGAAAUUUCUUUGUAGGACGUCAUAUUUAUGUAUUAUCCUUAUCUAUACUUAAAUUUCAAGUUGGAAACCGUAUUCAAAUUUUCUGAAAUGCCCUAAACACAACAAUUUGUCAAAUACUCUGUGGUUAACUUAUACCAAAAGUCCUCUACAGUCUUAAAAUACAAGCACACAAAAAUGACAAGACUUAUAAGUGACAUUAUUCAAGGCCAUGUCUUUUUUUCUUUACAAGUUAGACUACAAUAUCACCUGAUAAUACGUGAUGAUGCAGUCCAAGAUGGAAGCGGGCUAACUUGUUAGGAGGAGGAUGAAAAUCCACACGGUUUCUACACGACAUCGUAUAGGAACGCUAAAUCGCUUGGUAAGCCUAUGCCGAAGCCAAAAUCUUAUAUUUAUCUUCAUUUUUCUGUUUGUGUUGCAAUCUCCACUAGUAUAUAAGCUUGAUAGUGCUCAUUAAACAGUGAACUUUUUGCGUUAUAAUAUAUUGUAGUGUGUUGAGUUUAUUAGCUAGCGGUGAUUGAUAAAAUUACUUACUGCAUUGAUAGAUAAAAUUAUUUACCUGCUAAAUCUAUUGAGGCAAAGCAUAUUGAAACGUUUGCCAUUUCUUAGGUCCGCCAUUUUGAAGUAAUACAAAAUUUUCAAAGUUUCAAUGACGGAAUUUAAUUUUUUUCCAAAUAGGUCCUUCUAAUUAGCAAGUUACAUUUGUGCCAAAUUAUUAAUACGCAACCUUUUGACCUUGAAAAGGUACCUGACCAGUAUGACUAAUAGACGAACUGUAAUUGGAAAAUGUAGUAGCUUUUCUAUAUUUAAUAGUCAUAAUGGUUAUAAAUGCUGAGCUAAAUGAUCUAUAGAUUGAUCUACAACUGUCCAUUUAACUCCAAUACUUGUCGGUACAGCAGCAGUUUCUUUUUCUCCGGCCUUACAAUGAAAUGCCCUAGAUGGAGGUUGCGUUUAUACACCGUGAAGUUUCCUUCGCCUUAAACCAAAAUCCCACACAAUAUACCCGCUGUAUAUUAAUCUUAAAAAAAGAAAGUACCUACAAUUCAAGAAGUUACAAUUGUAACAAACUUUCAAAAAUCGAUCAUCAUUAAAACAUCCUGUGUUUUCCUAACAUAUUAACGCUGGACAAUUACAUAGAGGUCAAUUGCCUCUAUGCAGGUUUGCUCAGAUCUUCGUCCCGGAGCUUAAAGUUGAAUCGUUGAACAUGUGUUCACUAACAGUGGAAUUCAUAGACGUUGCAGGGGCACCCCCAGGUGAUCAUUUACCCGCUGAGUGUUGAAUUGUCAAACAGUUUAAAUUCGACACUCAGCGGGUGAACAAUCCUCUGGGAGCGCCCUCACAACGUUUAUGAACACCAAUGUAGGUCCACAGUGCCUACACUAAAACAUAACAUAACAUAAACAUACAAAAGUUUUUCCUACUAAGCGUAUUGUAUUCAUGGUGAGACAGACAAAAUAUAAACGUAGGGAACUAUGGUGAAUAGUAUAAAUCCACGGUUUCUAAAAAUGUAGAAAAGCCCUGAAAAUUCAAUGAAGUGGUAUUACUAAUUUACAUACAUAACAUGGUAGACAUUAUUUUAGAAGUUCGUUCUACUCAACUUUUGAACACCUGUUAUUAGUCUGUUUUUUUUUAGGUAUACAAACGUACUCUUAAGCCAGCAUAAUUUUUGCAUAAUAUUGUUUUUUAUUUUUUUUGACUUUUUUGAUACGUUUUAGGUUAAUUGAAAACCAUUCUGUUGAGUGCAAACUAAGACUUACUAAACUAAGUUAUCAGAAGUUAAGAUAGCAAUAUUAUUAUUAUAAUUAAAUUGUUAUUUGUUUAGAUAUUGGUGAUUUUAUCAAUCCACGCACACUGAUUACACUAUCCUUCCAUUCUUUUAAUGUCGUUUUUGAAUGCAGAAAGUUAUCCAUUUUCGCAAAAAUUUAUUCAAAAUAUUUAUUAAGGUAUUGUGUCAAUAGUCCAAAUUUCAAUUUAAAGAAAAACAGUCAUGGACUAUUAUAUAUUUGAAAUAAAAUUAUUUUUGAAUUUUGCAAACGUUUUGCAUUAUUAAAAACGGCACACACAGCUGCUGCAUCCAAUAAGAGACGUGUUCUUUUUAAAUUUAUGUGAUAUAUUGUACAAAAAUGAGAUUGGAUCUGACUCUUCUUGUAUUAAAUUAUAUUUUAUUGACGUUUUUGUCCUAAUGUGACGUUUUAAGCGUAGCGUCUUUUAGUCAUUCAUUACUUUAACAUAUUAAAAUGUGCGUUUGUAAAUUUAGGCUAACAAUAUUUUUUUCAGUUAUAUAUUAUCUGUUAUAUCUACAAUUUUUGGUAAAAAAAUAAGAUAGGCUGUCUUCGGUUUUGUAUUAAAAAAGUGAUUGUUGUGAAUUAUUUUAUUAAAAUCAACAACAACAGUGUAUUUUGAUUUCUGUUAGAGAAAAAUUUAUUCAUGUUCAAAAAGUAUUAAUCUAUCGAGCUUAGUUGAAUAGUAAUUGAAACCAUGGCGAGACGCUACGCUGGUUUUCUUGUUGAAUAUGAAAGAUGAUUUUAAAAUAAUCCGACACGAAACUUUUGACAGUUAUUAAACCAUGACAGUAGAGUUGUGUUUGUUGUGAUUUGUAAAUGACUUCCAUGGUAUAAUUAAUAAUUUACUUCAUUUUACUGUUAUAUGGACUAUUCAUAAAUUCUACAAAGUUAAGUAAUUUUGUGAAUAGUCCAGCUCUGUACCUACUCGUAUCCCAUUCUAUGUGUGUAUUUUAAUAAACCUAACACACAUAAUUAACUGAUAAUGAUAAAACAUGAAAGUAAAUGUCAAACCAAAAUACGAAUAUAAAUAAUUUCUGAUGGCAGGCGCAAUUUAUAUUUUGCUGCAAUUUAUAUAUCAAUAUGAAAAUAAAAAAAAAACAAUUUAGUCAGUUAAAGCUAAUUACAGUUAAUCAUUUACAUACAAUCCAUAAAGUUAUCAUGCACAUUUUUAAUUAUGUUAAUUUGGCCAACUUGAAAUCAAGAAAUGAGUUUUAAUAUAAAAAUUGUCAUUUCUUUUAUAAGUAUAAAUGUUUGAAAAAGAAUUAAUAAAUACAUCAAUAUGGCAUUUAAGUUCUCAUUUUCAAAAUGCAGCAUAGGUAUACACAGUAAACUGUAUGUUUAAUGAUUUUCAUGUUGAUAUAUGUAUUUACAAAUGUUGUUUGGUUGUGUCUUGUUUUAUUAGAUAUUAAUUUAGUUCAUUACGUCGGAGUCACAUAAUACUUCCACUGUUGUCUUCUCUUUUUUUUAACGUUUACAAAACUCCUGUUGCAUUUACAUCAUAGUACAAGUACAAUAUUACUUUUAAAAUUCAUAAUACGUAUGUUUCAAAAGAGUGAGAUUGUCUAUGGUCAAAGGUGGGUGGACUAUUCACUUAAUUCAUUUGUUUUGAUUUUCGCUUUUGCAUCAGUGAUUUUCUCAAUUGUUUUUCAACACUAGAAAGACGGAAAAAUAUUCUUACCAAGAAAAACGGGUAGCGGUCAAAAGACACUUCAUCGUAAUAGCAUUUUAUUUAUGAGUAUUUGAUUUCAAAUAAAUUUAUCAUCUUUAGAAAAUGCUUGUUAUUAAUAAGUAAAUAGUUGAAUUUAAUUUAUUAAUUUUGUAAUAACAUCGUUUGUAACAAGUUUAACUCAUAUUAUUUAUUUAGAACUAGCGAACCCCCUACGAUUUCUAACAAAAACUUCAAAAUCGGUCAAAAGACCCGCGACAGUCUUUCUAGUGUUAAAGAUAAAACGAUUCAUUUCAACAUAGAAAAAAAUAAGUUUAAAAUAAAAAUACCUGCUGUUAGUUUUUGUAAUUUUCGAAUAGUCCACCCAUUUUAUUUUACUAGGCAGUUCCACUUUAAUCUGUUGUAACGAGUACAUUAUUAUACAUACAUAAUCAUAACGCACACCGGAUUCGAAAUGACAUCGGAAAUUUUCAACCGUUGUAUUUAAAAAAAAUGAGAUUGUGUUGUUGUCAACAAACUCUAGUCGUUUGAAGGCCGUUUACAUUCGCCCGUUACGUUAUCGGAAGGUCGUGCCAUGUUUUAAAUGUAUUACUGUCGCGGUGUAAACGUGCUUCGAAAUUUUCUAUGUAUCCUAGGUUUUUUAGAAUUUAAUUUUAUGAUUACCUACAUCAGAAUGCGCACUGCCUCCGAAGUCAAACUUCCGUACAGAGGGACAUUUUGUUUAUACAAUUCAUUUACACCGGUCGGUUGUUUUUGUGUUUAACAAAAAAAAAUCAAAUAAAACUGGGGUCUUUUUUUGGAAAUCUGAUUAUUUAUUUGUAUGACUAAAAAGGAACUCCAGAUAUAACCCACCAUGCCACUCCAAUUUGUCAAAGUGUACCUAUGUAUGAAAUUUUUUUUUAUACAAACGCAACCGACCGGUGUACUAAAUUAUAUGUAUAACUACUGGUUGUAUGUUUUUAUUCGUAAAAAAAAUUGCGGUCAUGAAGUACUUAAACUAGAUUUAUAUUUGGACGCGAUUUAUGGCACCUCUGCAAAGCCUCAAAUCACACUAUGCGGGUAGAGUAAAAAAAAUAUAUUCAGUCGAAAAUUCUACCUUUUUACACUGUAAAUAUUUAAUUUGACUCUACAUGUGUGAUGUAACUUUAUAGUGUUUCUACUUUCUGAAGACUGUUUCGAUUUGGAUGUAAUGUGUGUAAUAAAAUAAGGAGUACAAACAAAAUUUUGACAGGCUUGUUUUGCAAAAACAGGAACAUCAGCAGUGCAAAACAUAACAAAAAAUCCCAUAUUCGCCUCAUUAGUGAGCACGAGUCUCCUCAAAAGGAGAGGGGUUGAGCUAAUCUACCACGCUGUCCCACACACACAUCUUCACAGCUAUCUGAGAAUUUUCACGAUGUUUUUUUCUUCAUCGUAAAACUAUAUUAGGCAUUAAAUUUCAUCAUCUGUGAGUGACUGAUUAGUAAAGUUUCGAUGUCAUACGUCCUGUUUCACUAUAAAUAAUUUAACAACGUUAAAAAAGUUGACGUUCCUUUACGUUACACACACAAACACUGUAAAAUUACUACUACAUACAAAGGCAAACAGUCUUCCGAGAGUAAAAAAACUAUAACAAAUGUCUGUAUUAGGACUAUUUUUCGAACACGGAGUCGAGAUAAUGUGAUAGGUGACGAUUUUCUUGAACAAUACUCUGUUGACGGCGCGACUGGUUGGUACGAGCUGUUGGCUGAUCUGAAUGUUCACUAGUGAAACGUAAGCGACAAUGUUUGUUUGUAUUAUAAACGGAUGCUGUAACAGCAAUAAAAAAAUCAGACUUGA